AUGUAGAUUAGAUGUACUUAAGCUGAUCAUCAAAAUCAAUAUAUAACAGGUUUUUGCAUAGAUACUAGAUGCCAAAAUUAAAGACCUUAUUGUCAUUUUUGUUUGCCUUGUCACGGUUAACAUCUUAACAAAUUAACGUCACAAGAACUGCUAUCUGAAUGGAUUAAGGAAAGAGUGCUUUCUGUUCAGAAUAUUUAAAGCAAUGUCUAAGAGUGUAAAAUUGCACUUGAUAGUCUAUUAAAUUUGUUCCUUCUUUAUAAUAACUUUAAUAUUUCAUAAUUCCCAGAAUUAGGACUUUAACAGAUUGACUAGUUAUUAAAGGGUUUCGGUUAAAUAGAAAAUUGUGAAGAAAAGUUAUUGAAGCCGCUUAAAUAAUCAAUAGAAUAAAUAAUAUUGAUAGUAAAAGAAAUACAACAAAAUGUAUGUAAAAAUGAUAAUUUAUAAAUUCAACAUUUCAAUAGAAAUAAAUAAAUUUUAGAAUAGCCUCAGAAUUAGAAUCUAUUAAAACCAAACCUUAAUCCAUUCACCUUUGACCUUAUAAAUUAAAAUUCAAUUACUUAAAAUUAACUUUGUUUUGCUAUAGCCUUUAAUAAAGAUUACUCAAUCGUGGCUGCUGGAUGUUAAAAGGAUAUUUAAGUCUUUCAACUUAUUUAAGGGGAACUUAAUUACAUCUAAUUGUUAAGUGAACAUACAAAUAAUGUAAAUACUUUAAAUUUCAUGAAAAGUACAAAUAAUUUUGUGUCUGGAAGUGAUGAUCAUUCAAUUAUAAUAUGGUUGAAUAUUGAAAGGAAUUGGUGGAUAUGUUAAUAAAAAUUAUAUGGACAUGAAAAUUUUAUAUUAUGUCUAUUGUUGAACAAUAAAGAUGAUUUAAUUAUCUCAGGUAGUUAUGAUAAAACAAUAAGAUUUUGGAGAAAAUAGGAUAUAUGGUUGUGUUAAUAAAAGAUAUCUGAUCAUAAUAAUCAGGUAUAUUCAUUAUCCUUAAAUGAACAGUAAAAUAAAUUGAUUUCUUGUUCACAUGAUUCACAAAUAUUGGUGAUGGAAAAGGAAAAUUUGAAUAAUAAAUGGAGUGUUACUUAAAAAAUACAAGUAGAUUAAUUUGGAAUAAGAUUAUGCUUUAUUAAUGAUAAUUAAUUUACAUUCACCCCUUAUUGUAAAGAAUAACUGUAUAUAUAUGAAAAAGAGGAGAAUACGAAAUCAUAUAGGAAGACGAAAGAAUUUUCAGUGAAAUGUGGCUCAAAUGAGGAUUGUUGUUUUUUUCCAUAAUAAUAUAUAUAAUCAAAAUAAAUCCUAAUGAAUAAGAAUGCCAAGAAUAUUAAUUUACUGAAGAAGAAAGAAAAUGGUGACUUUAUUGUAUAAUUAUCAAUUGAAUUUGGUACUUGUGGUAUUUUUGGUUAAUUGAGUGAUGAUGGAGAAUAUUUGAUUACUUGGGAUUAUGGAUCAAAAGAAAUACAGAUAAGAAAAUGCAGAGAAUUAUGA